CGCACAGUGAAUGGAGGAGCAGCCUUCACUACCGCUCUGCUUGGUGCUUAGGGGACCUGGAGUGCACUGUGUUUAUAUUCCAAUCGGGAGAAAGAACGACCGCUCUGGAUGUAGCCUCCAAUCAUGUUGUCGGCGUUGGAUUGUGCAUCAACACCGCAAGUGUUUGAAUAUUGAGAGCUGGGAUAUAAGGGCUGCCGACUGGAAUUGUAGUCAUGGGAGGCCAGAUAACGCGAAAUGCCUUGUACGACUCUCUGGGCGGUCCGUUCCCCUCCACCACCCACCGAUGCCACCACAAGCCCAAGCGCUGCCUGCCCAUCCAGCAGUGUGGCGGUGUGGGCGGGGGCCAGAGGAGAGGCCUGGCCAUAAGUCCCUUGCUCUUCCACCCGAACACCAAGGGCUCCCAGAUCGCCAUGGACCUGGCCCAGAGGACCGUCAAGAGGCAGGCCAGCUUCUGUAACGCCAUCACCUUCAGCAACAGACCCGUAGCGUUGUACGAGCAGGUCCGAAUCAAGAUCACUAAGAAGCAGUGUUGCUGGAGUGGAGCUCUCCGUCUGGGCUUCACGGCUAAAGACCCGUCCCGUAUCAACCCAGACAGCCUGCCCAAGUAUGCCUGUCCUGACCUGGUCUCCCAGAGUGGCUUCUGGGCCAAGGCACUACCUGAGGAGUUCGCGAACGAAGGGAACGUCAUCGCCUUCUGGGUGGACAAGAAGGGCCGGGUCUUCUAUAGAAUCAAUGAGUCCAAUCCGAUGUUGUUCUUCAGUGGGGUGAGAACAGGAGAACCUCUGUGGGCACUGAUAGAUGUCUAUGGGUUGACCCGUGGAGUGCAACUGCUAGAGAGUGAGAUGGUCCCUCCCGACUUCCUCCGUCCCCGCUCCUUCACCACCGUACGCUCCUCCUCUCUCCGCCGCGAGGCAGAUGAAUCCCGCCUCUCUGUCAGCCUCUGUGACCUCAACCUGCAGGAAGUGAACGGCUCUGGCCCAGCCCACCCACAUAACCACGCCCAUCUCCACCUGGCCCCUCCCUCCGCCUCCUGCCCCAUCCCCCAGAACUCCCUCAACACCCAGCAGUCCUCUGUCCUCCCACACUCCCUCGAAAGCGACCUCCAUUUCCACGCCCUCCGCGGUGCCCACAUCAAGACGCUCGACGAGCAGACAGUGGCGAGAUCCGAGCAUGCCAGAGAGGAGCGAACGCUUGUCUUCACUGACCGGCCACUGCGUACCGGUGAGACCGUGUUUAUCAAGGUGACCAAGUCGAGCCCAGCUAGGUCGGGAUCGCUGUCCUAUGGCGUGACAUCAUGCGACCCCGCCGUUCUGCGCCCUAGCGACCUGCCCUACAACCCGGAGGCCUUAGUCGACCGCAAGGAAUUCUGGGCUGUGUGCCGAGUGCCCACACUGCUCCAGAGCAGUGAUAUACUGGGCUUCCUGGUCAACCAGGAAGGGGAGGUGAUCUUGAGCCACAAUGGCACCAAUGCGGGGAUGCAAGUGUGUGUGGACAACUCCCGGCCCCUGUGGAUGUUCUUCGGUCUGCAUGGAGCCGUCACUCAACUCAGGAUACUGGGUUCCACACAUCUCGGGGACCAGCCGGCGCGGGCUCCCUCCAUCCCCAGCUCUCCCUCCUCCUCCCCCCACACCCCCAGUGCCCUAGCCCUGGCCCUGGGUAGUGGAAGCUCCGACCCUGUCCUUAACGGAGGCCUGGGAGGCCCCAGCUCCGCGGCCUACUGUUGUGGCUCUGCGGGAGGAACGACCCCCAGCUCGCCCGUCAGCCUCCCCAAGUCGCCCACCUUCCCAUCAGGCAGUGGGAGAGGGCCCGGGUGGCCGACAGGCGAUGAGUGCUCCAUCUGCUACGAGAACCACGUGGACACGGUCAUCUACGCCUGCGGUCACAUGUGUCUCUGCUACACCUGCGGCGUCAAACUCAAGAAGAUGUCCAACGCCUGCUGCCCCAUCUGCAGGAGACAAAUCAAAGACAUCAUUAAGACCUACCGUAGUACGUAGGGGGCCUUUGAAGCUAAGGGCCUCGUAUCUGAGGGCCACAGGCAUAAGUUAAUGGGGAGAGGAAGAAGACGUUGAGGAAAGACUGAUAAACUUUUGAGAUCAGGGAAAUGGACAAUGAACAGUUCGCUCUGGUACUUUUGUGUGAUGGAUUUUGAGGAAGAAUCUUGGUUUUUGUUUCAAAUAGCCAUUUUUUUGUUUGCUGGUAACACUUAGUACACCUGCACUGCAAAGGUCUCUUGCAUUUCCACUUUCCCUCUGACGCAGUGUGUGACGGCUUUUGAAGUGGCGGGUUUGCAACCGCGGCGAGAACUUCCUCUCUCAACUACAAGUUUUCAAUCUUCUUGCUCUCUCCAAGGAUUCAGGAAGUUUCAGACUUUGAGGAAAGAGAAGACGUGAAAGUACUUUUUAUUUUGUUGUUUAAGCCACUUCCAGACGACUGCCGCUCGUUUGCAUGGAAGCAAACCAGAUGGUUUCAAUUCAACGUUUUUGGUCUUGAGAUGAUGUAUUUAUGUUGAAGAGGAGAAGGACUGUUAAGUUCCAACAUUUGCUUCUUAACUUGACUCAACUUUGUCUGUAAAAAAAAAAACAACAGGCAAAAUGUCUACCCUUGUCCACAGAUAGUUCUUUAUUAACACUACGUCUCAGUAUGACACAACUUCUGUCUGUGUGUUACUUAGGCAAACUGCAGAGGAAAAGAGAGGACUUAUUUGUUGCUGAAGCGCCGUGACCGGAAAGGGAUGCAUUUCUGCAGUAGUCAUAGGAUUCAUCAAUAGGAAGAUGAUCACAGUUGUAUAAAGUUGUGAAGUAUAGGGACGUAAGUAUAUGACGUGUGAAGGAGGGCUGUAUCACCUCUUGCUCCUAUACAGUAAGUCAUAUAUUCUCAACCAAAUGUAUUUGUGUGGUAGUUCUAUAGCACAUUCAUUGGUGGUAGCUGUCCUGUUGCGCUAGCUAGCUAUCUGCUUGCUCUGCAGUGUCUUAUGUUGCACUGAAGUCAGUACUGCGCUCUCGGAAAUGCCCCAUCAAGAAAGGAGAGGAUACAUAUUAUUUUACACAAUAAAUUUAAACAGCCAUCAAAACCAUGUCACGUGACUGGAAGCAGGAAGUGAACGUACAUUUAUUGGGUGUUCCUCAGGUCCAGCUGUUAACGCCCCAAAAUGGUGACAGUUUACGCAAACACCAGCCCAAUGCACUGUGAUUGUUGCCAUGGUAACAGCAUUCGACGUCGAUCCGACACAGCCCCCUGCCUUAAUUUAUGAACAUUUACUUUGUUACCCAACGGAUGUGUGAUCAAUAAUGCUUUGUCUAUCCAUAAUUUUCACCAAGACCCCUUACUAAAUACCAAAUACGAUAUUGUGUGUCAGAAGAAAAGCUUUCAGAAACAGGACUUCAGAAACUCAGAGGAUAAAAAGCACAUGAAACAAAACUGAGUUGUAUAACUUAUUUUUAUAACUCAAAAUACUUACUGGUCAGAGGUCAUUUGCAUCACAGACAGUCAGUAAUAUGUACACAACCCUAACCCUAUCACGGUACUAUUCUAACAUCUGCAUAGUGCUUUAACCAGCAACAAAUACCCUUCACAGUUACACACAUUAAUGUAGGGUUAUGAGAGGUAGAUGAGAGGUCAGUUACACACUUACCCCAUAUGACUUUUAUCACUUUGAGGCGAAUCCUAAUUUAUACUUAAGUCGAAUUAUCACUCAAUGUGAUUUUGUAAAAGUAAGACUUUUCCCCUUUCUGAUCAGUAUGUGUCAUGUAUCCCAUUGAAAAUCCCCUCGUGCUUGUGUGUACUGGAGCUAUAGGCCAUAGCUUUCUGCCGAGAGCUGAAAAGGCAGUUUUGUAUCACGUUUAUCUUGCAUCCUGGUGUAAUUAAUAGAUUAUCGACAAAUUAAUCUGGAAUGUAAUGCUGCGACAGUAUUUGCCAGCUCUCUGUGUUUGGGGCAAAUACUGACAGAUGUUUCGUAUACAUCCUCUUUACACUCACAAACAGAACUUUGUGUUUUUAUGAUAUUAUAUGCUACUGCUUGAAGUGUUAAUUCACAUUUUGAAUGUUAAUUUAUGUUUUAAAAUGAGGCAAAUGGUUUUAUUGGUGUGGUUGGUAGUAUCGAAAGAGAAAAAACAUAUUUUGUCAGCUUUCUUUUUCGAUUCAUAGUCAUGAUUGUAAUGUUUGUUUUCUGGUUGAUUGAAACCAUGAAAUAACCAGCUAUUUCUACUUCUACUCUGUAUCCUAAAGCUAGGAACGAUAUUAUCUUGUACCUUCCACCAAUACCUAGGACUCCCUGCAGUAUACAAUCAUAACACCUCGUUGCUUUGGGUAAAAGACAAGCACAGAUGAAUAAUUUUACAAACCCUGAAUAUUCAGACGCUUUUUUGUCAUUUUGACGUUGUUGUUUAUGCCUCCUUUCGAGUCCAAACCAGGUUUGUUUUUAUAGCUCUUACCAAGUAUAAAUGUAAAGGCCGUCGUUGUAUGGCAAUGUUAAAUGUCACUUUAUAUGAAUCCUGAUUGUACUUUUGAAAGGGUCUAGUCUAUAGGCAAUCUCCCAGCAUAUUCUAUCACAGUAAAAUUUGCGCUGAUACUAAGUGUGCGACGAAAUCCGAAAUCCAAUCAAAAAUCUAUGUGUUAUUCCACCUCAUAAUUUGCAAUGUCUGUGCUAAACGCACUUAAUUUCCCCUCUCUUGAAAUGUUUUGUUUUUUUACAGUUGUUUUUUUUACUGGCCCUUUUAGGAAUUUAACCCACAACCACUAAUGUAAACAAUAGUCAUUGAACAUACGGUCAUGUCAUAAAUGGCAUACCCAUACAUUGACAACCUAUAAUAACGUAAAAGUUAAAUAGCAUGCAAAAAAAAACAAGGCACCUAAAUUGCUGCCUAUCAUAUUUAUUGAGUUACUACAUACAGUAUUUAUUGAAGUGGUCUGACUCAUGUCAGUACUCAGUGGCUUAAAGUUCAGCCCUCCACACAGAUACUAUGACUAGGGCCCAGAAUUGUUCCUGACCUAGUGACCUGGAAAACUCAGGGCCCUAACUAUAACACCAACCAGUUGCGGUGUGAUACCAAUUUACCCCAAAAAUAUUUUUGGUUUCUCUCCUGAUUGUUUGUCGACCCGGUAGUGUAUUUAUCUUCUAUUGAAGUGUUUUGAUCUCAGAUCCUACUGUACUUGGGUGUUUGCUUUCUUCUUCUACCCUCCUCCAUUUUAGUAAAGCUUCUUCAGAUAUUACUAGACAGGUUUCACCUGGGAAAUAUACCUUAUCUUCUGUCUUUUAGUUGUUUGAGUUGAUUGUUCACGCCGUCCUAGUUAGUGAACUUUGGGACCAAUAGAAGACGAGCUAAAAAAAUAAAACGCGACAUCACAAUCUCCUAGGCCAUCAUUUAGACAGAGUUAAGGGGUCGAUCAGAACGCUACACAUAGAAACGUAACAUAGGCUAUAGGUCAAACACGAUUGCUCCUAUUAUCCAUGAUAUAGAAGUAUAUAUGUUCUAUGUUGUGACUCAUCCAUUGUUUAAGAUACUUUGCAAACCUGUCUUUAUUUGAAAACUAGUUUCCAAGUGAUCUGUUUGUGAGCUAUGUGAGUCGGACGAUUGUGUCAAUAAACUUUCCAGACGUGUUACAAAGAAGUGUCUGUGCCGGCUUUUCUCUUAAAACUUGAAUAGAACAUAAAUGACAAAAAAAUGUGAUUACAAGUGAAUUCUAUAUUUUCUAUCACAUCUCCAAUAUCUUAAUAUGAUUGGAUUAUCUCCCAUACGUUUCCAACUGCAACAUGCACUUGAUGACAAAUUCGUAUUUAUUAUAUCCAUACUCUUGAUUUGAAUUCAUCCAGUAAAUGAAGUCGCUCUGGAUAAGAGCGUCUGCUAAAUGACUUAAAUGUUAAAUGUUAAAUGUAAAUGUCUUCUUUUUUUUUUUUUUUACAUUUAUUUAAGUUUUAUUUAACCUGGAAGGGCUCAUUGAGAUUUGCAGUCUCUUUUUCAAGAGUGUCCUGGCCAAACUACAGGUAAUCUAGUAAAAAAACAACAUAGAAUUCACAAGAGUAUAACAAAAUCAUAAAACAGCUAAUUAAAAACAUUAACAGGUCAGGGAACCAGCCUCAAAUCAACCUUCCAAACAAUAAAAAUGGCCAAAUAAAAAGGUAGUAAACCCAAAAUGGCUUUGUAAAUAAAAGUAUAUCACUGCCUGAGCCUACGAGUGACUGGAGAAGGCCAGCCAACCCUGGUAUACAAAGUGCAGUGGUGCGUAAGGGUUGUGCAGUUUAAAAUACAACUCAGUGCUCCAUGGUAAAGGGUGUCAAUUGAUCUCAAACACUGAGAGGAAGCAUUCAUAUAGAACAUAUCCCCAUAGUCUAGUAAAGGCAUCAAUGUAGCUGAUACUAGCCUCCUUCUGGCUUCAAAAGAAAAACAAAAUAAAACAAAAUAAAUUCCCAACUUCAUUUUUUAAAAUUUAAGUACAUUUUUGAAUAUGCAAUUUAAAAGAGAGGCCGUCGUCAAUUAAAAUUCCAAGAUAUUUCUAUGAGGUUACUGUUUCAAGUAGGGUCAGGUAGUAAUAGGUGAAAGGUUCAGAGGUGUAUUUCUUGCUUUAGAAAAAAUCAUUAGAUCGCAGUGCUAGCUGUGCCACUAGAGAUUCUGGGUUCGAGUCCAGGCUCUGUCACAGCCGGCUGCGACCGGGAGACCCAUGGGGUGGCGCACAAUUGGCCCAGCAUCGUCCGGGAUUGGGGAGGGUUUAGCCGGUGGGGGGCCGGGAGCAGUGCAUGCUGACACGGUUGCCAGGUGUACAUUGUUUCUUCCAGCACAUUGGUAUGGCUGGUUUCCGGGUUAAGUGGGCAUUGUGUCAAGAAGCAGUACGGCUUGGUUGGGUUGUGUUUCGGAGUAGGCACGCUCUCGACCUUCGCCUCUACCAAGUACAGAGCCCUGGGGCACACCAUUACAGACAGACAAUUUAACAGACAUGAGCCCAUCAAAUUGAGUGCACUGAGUUCUAUCAGGCAGAUAGUUAGCAAACCAUGCAACUGCAUGCGCCGAAAGACCAAUGCUCGACAGUCUCUGCCUUAGAAUAGCAUUAUCAACUGUAUCAAAAGCCUUAGAGAGAUCAAUAAAAAGUGAGACACAGUGCUGUUUUUUGUCAAAGGCUUCAGUGAUAUCAUUUAAAACCUUCAUGGCUGCUGUAAUUGUGCUAUGCUUCUUCCUGAAGCCCAAUUGGUACAUUGAUAAAACAGAGUUAGUAUUUAAAAGCUAUUAGCUGUUCACUAACAAGGGUUUCAAAUAAUGAUACAAUCCAUUGAUUAAGAUGACUACCAUCCCCCAGCCACGCUGAUUGCAUGUAUCAUGAACACAGUUUGUCAGCAUAGUGGUAAAACACACAGGAAUCCAAAUAGAGAGGCUAACCCAGACCUACACAACCCUGACCUUCUGUGGUCCAGUGGAACUUGGUGCUUUCAGUGGUAUGUGAUUUGGGGCACCUGUUACAUGUGUUUUGGACGGCCCCAGCUGCCUAGGUGGUUUAUGUUCAACCGGGGUCCUCCAGGGGACACCAGGCUUAGGGUCAGGGGCUCCAAGCACUGCAGGCAGCUACCGCCUCAUCCAAAUAUCCCUCUGAUGUCCCCAGAUAUACAUAUGUCUGUCAGUAGUGGAUUAAUAGCGUGUAAGACAUGGUAAUAUCUAGGAGGAGGAAUGAGGUCUGACAAUAAUCUAAAUGAUAUAUGUCAAAUCUGUCAUCAAGGUGUAUUAGUAUCCCAUGACUCUGUUAUAAAGUGACGGGUCAUAGUUCAUGUCCAUAGGUAAUACUCUGUGAUGAUGGAUUAAAUGUUCAUGUGUUUAAAAACAUUAUUUUGAAUACAUGCAGUCCUUAUACAUGCUUUACAAAGGCCCUUGGGGUAAGACCUUUACAAAUAAACAGCUAAAAACCGCAAACCAUGAGCUCAAACUCCCUUCUGGGUGAACAGACCAGUUCAAGAUUGCCAUCUAGUGGAUAUAUAUAAAUGGUUCCACUGACCAAUGAGAAUCUGUUUUAGCGAUGAGAGCUUUCCUCAGCUGUCGAAACUGUCUCACUUAAAUAUGCCAUCACCGUCACACCUGAAGAUGACAGUGACAUGGAAUGAACAGAAGCACUAAGACCUUUACUUCAGUACCUCUCUGAAAUAUUCCCCAAUGGUCUAUGUGCAACCAAAAGGUGGCAGAAACACUGUCGGCCUCUAAGUGUUUGUUGCGUCUUUAUUUGAUACCUGUCAUUCAAGAACCUUCCUGAAAUACUCCAAUACAGUCUUUAUGUUGGACAUGAUGUCUCUAUGUAUUAGUCCUCCCACAGCUGUUAGCCUGAGUGUUACAUUCUCUUCACAUCUCCCAUAACCACCCAUGAUCAAUGUGAUGAAUGCUCUAACCUUUAGAUGCUGAGGGUAACUCGCACAUGUUCUGUUGAACGCAAGCGUUUUGUGGGGGUUCGAUGGGGGUUGGGUGGUUGUCCUAACGGGAGGUAGGUGUGCACAUUUUCCGUGUUCAUUUAGGCGUAUGCGAUACAUCUUUCUACAUGUGUAUAGAUGUCCGGAUGCCGCAGUAUGAUUUUUUCCCCCUCCAUCUUUCUCAUUUGCAGUAGGUAGGGCUCUACCAUACUAGUUCAUCAUUUUCUGCCCUUACAAGUUUUACAGUUUUCUCAUAACUCAUACAAUAUACAUCUAAAACAGGAUUUAAAAACAAUUAUAAUAAUUGUACAAUCCAAGUCUAAAUAUACUUAUUCUGAUUUAUACCACACAACAAAUUAAGAUAUAUGUAUCCUUCAAUAAAUGUACUGUCACCUACAAUUGUAUGUAAAAGUUAUAAAUAAAUCUAAACGUGAAUGUAUCAGCUCACUUGGUCCUGUGUGGCUCAGCUGGUAGAGCAUGGUGCUCACAAUGACGGGGGUUGUGGGUUCUAU